UCCGGUAUCAGUGAACUUCUUAGUGGGAACGGUUCCUCUCUUCUUGAUAUAGACACGUGGAACAAACAAUAAUGUCGAGACUGGAAAACGAAUUCUUGGAUUAUGAUUCUGCUAAGAUAUGGAACGAAGUGUACCAGAGAGUGAAAAAUGAGGCAUCUUUGAAGACACUGGACAAUAAGUUCGGAGUGGCAGAAGCAAGGAAGCCAGAAAACAAACAUAAAAACAGAUACAGAGAUGUCAGCCCAUAUGACCACAGUCGAGUUGUGCUGAGCCAGGGUGACACAGACUACAUCAAUGCUAGCUACAUUCACGUGACAGAGGCCAGAAGGAAAUACAUACUUACUCAGGGCCCCUUGGAUCACACAACUCCACAGUUCUGGCAGAUGAUAUGGGAACAGAAGACUAAAGCUGUUGUCAUGCUCAACAGAAUCAUCGAAAAAGGAACACUCAAGUGCCACCAAUACUGGCCCCUUGGAUCUCACCUGGGCUAUGAAGAUGAGAUGGUGUUUGAUGAAGUAGACCUAAAGGUGACACUGAAUGGAGAACAGGAAGGAGCCCACUUCACAGUCAGGUCCUUUUACCUAGAAGAUAUGCAGUCAGGGGAAAGACGAGAGGUGUUACACUUUCACUACACAACAUGGCCAGACUUCUGUGUCCCUGCAUCCCCAACCUCCUUCCUCAACUUCCUGUCUGCAGUGAGAGAAGCUGGAGCCCUGGACACUGAAGUGGGGCCUGCGGUUAUACACUGUAGUGCUGGAAUAGGCCGAUCAGGAACCUUCUGUCUUGUUGAUUCAUGCCUUGUACUGAUUGAGAAGAAUCAAGAUCUGGAUUGUGUAGAUGUUAGGGGGAUGCUAAUUGAAAUGCGGUCAUAUCGCAUGGGACUGAUACAGACACCAGAUCAGCUUCGCUUCUCCUAUCUGGCCAUUAUAGAAGGAGGGAAGCAGCUACUCAACAUGUCUGAUGCCAACUCCAAUGUCAGGGACUCCAUGCAUGGACAGUUUUCGAAUCAUAAUGACCAUGAGGACAGUCCACCCCCACCCCCAGAGCGCACUACCAGUCUGUCGCCUAAGAGGGGUGUCCGUCAUUCCCCACCCCCAUUACCUCCCAAACUGAGAAGACUGAACGAUGAUGAUGAUGAUGAUGAAGAUAUUGAUGCUGAACUGGAUAAGCUAAUAGAUGAUGAUGAUGAAGGUGAUGAUGAUGAUGAUGAUGACUUAGAAGACGAAGAUGACUUUAUGGACAUGACGGGCACUACAAGACUUUUGUGUAACUCAGCACCUGACAAAGAACAACAGAGUGCAUAUGAGGUAAGGAAGAGAAUACGCGAAGAAAGAAAGAAGCAUACUCAAGAAAAGAUCAAGGAUAUGAAAGAACGACAGAAAAAUAGUGAAGCUUGGAAGAAACGCAAGAGCUACCUACAGCCAAUAUGUUUAGGUCUGGGCUUGCUGCUAGGGAGCUACCUACUUUACAAGUAUUACUGGAGAUACUAAUGAGUUAAGAACUCUCCCAGCUCACAACUAGGAUGCCUGCUGUACAUAACAUGGUCUGUGGGAGAGACUUGUGAAGCAAUUGAGAGAGAUCAACUGCUCGGUAGUGUAAACUGAACACAACACAGAAAUCAGCUCACCUGUCAAACAGCUGGCACGUCACAGAAUAAAGCUAUUACAACCAACCCCAAUCUCCAACAGCUUCAAUCCCAUUUGUGGUUAAGCAGGCCAGCUGGAUGGUGACACUGUACCAGCUAUAGGGGACUUUGGGCACCUUGAUGACCAUGAGUCAGUUUCUGCCAAGCCUUGGUCAGCAUGGACUCUACUCCUCAUAUCUCAUAAUAUUGUCAUUUAAAGGCAGCUGAUUGUACAUUUACGGUACUAAGUGUAAACUAUAUCCAAUUUACUCUGUUACUGUAGAUACACAAUGAAACAAUAUUCUUAGAUGUUCACAGUUUGCAGAGUAUAUAACAAGCUUUCCUUCGCCAUAAUUACUCAUUAUGUUGACACUAGUCAAAGGAGAAGAAUAACAACUUAUUUAUGAAAAUAACACCACUACAGAUGUAAGGUAGAACAUUUUGUAGACUAUUAGCCACAGUACUGGUAAAUAAAACACUUGCCACAUUCCUUCUGUUCCCAUGCUUACUCCACAUACUCUUCAACACUCCAGGUAGAGAUUGUUGUGGCUGGAAAAGAGGCAUGUUCAACAUGUCCAAAACAUAGCUCAUGUAUUCAUUCAGUAUAAUUGUGGUAAUUUGACCAUAACAAGAACCUCAUUAAGUAUCCUGAAGAGCACUUGUGUUCUGACUAUUUGUAACUGUUUGGUUAUAUUAGUUAAACACUUCGAUUAUUGAAUUUUCUGUUACUUUUCUGUGAUUCAGUGGAGAAUUUAUUGCUAAGUGUAAAGCUUUGAUGUUAGGAGUUAUCUGACACUUAGUGAUUAGUGAUGACAGGUGAAUUGAAGUAUUAGAAACACUUGUCAUUAUGAAAUAAGUAACUUCUCUAUCUGCUUCCUAUGUACAUACCAACAAUUGUAAAUAAGUGCAGAUUCCAUGCAUCAACAAACAAACUCAGUAUGUUACUGUUUGCAUUUGGGAGAAUGGAAACUGUUCUUUGUUAUGAAUUAUAUAUUUUAUAAUGUUGAUAUCAAGCUGUGCUUGAAUGUGAUUGGAUUGCAUUUACAUAGCUCAAUGCCUUAUGUUCAGGGCAGUUUGUUUGAGCUCUAUGUUCAGUUGGCCUUCUUAUUGUCUUAGCAACAGUUUACAGUAAUCCACGACAAAUUGAGAAUUAUAGAAUGUGUUGUAUUCUGUUACAGUUCUUCUCCACAAUGUUAUCUCUCCUUGCAUCAUUGCAUGUCAUAUGCAAUUUCCUAACAGUCACUGUGAUUUCAGAUACAAGCUGGACAUAGCUGAAAAUACAUGAAUGACCAGAAAGAGAACUUUCCAAAAAAUAUGUUUGAGCUGAGAUUUUCUCUGAUCAUGUUAAUUGGCAGUAAAUGCUAACAGCUUUCUUAUUUCUAUAGACACUAAAUACCAUCACAUUGAACCAGUGUCUUCCAGUAUGGAAGGAUGCCCAGUUUAUGGAAAAUGAUUAUGUGUGACUUUUGUUCUUUACAGAAUGUAUAUGAUGUUUAAAGCUGAAUUAUCUUGUUCACUCAGAACGUGCCAGAAGGUUUGGAUAGAAUUAUUUAGACACUCUAAGACACAUCUAACAAAUUUGUCAUUAUGGUCAUAAUUUACAAAGCCAGGUGGUGAAAUGGUUUUGGAUUUCAAGUAUGUUGUGGCCCACCAAUGAACACACCACUCAUAGCAUAAGCAGUCCUUGAAGUGAUCUCAUUUCAACCAAGGUUUCAUAGAGGGUAGCUAUACAAGACAAUUAGUGGCCGAUCGGAAAGCUGGAUUUUGUAACGAAUAGUGAUACACAGUUUGUCAAUCCAGUUUAUUUAUUUUGUGUCUAGAAAAAUAGUUGCAAGCUUUUUUAUUUAAAAAAAACCUGAUAACAGUAGACUGUAGAAUACCAAUAUUUUGAAAACAUAUGACUGAUAUCUUCCAACUUUGUUGUUGAUUCAGUCUUGACAUUUUUGCUCAGUAGCACAUGUUGAUCAAAGCAGUUGAGAUUGGUGAUUGAUGUACAGUCACAAUUAAUGAUGCAUGUGGUGCAUAUCUAAUGUGUUUGUCAUAUCUUAAAUGCAUAUCCGUGAAUGGUGUGAGUUGUUAUGUUAUGGUAGUGCCAAAUAGGUAGCUUUUCACUGGACGUCUGUCAUCCACAAAUAUUUUGCAACUUUUUGUUUCCUGAUAAUAAUUUGUAUGACUUGGCAUGUUUGAUACUGCAGAUAUGGCAUUGGUUGAUUUUCUUAGGUGUAUGCUGUUGUAGACAUUAUUAUACUGUGCAUGGGAUUUUGCAGAAUAGAUACUGCACAUUUGAGAGGGGAUGGAUGAUGAAGAGUCAGCUGGGGUAGAGAAUGUCCAGGCUGAGUGCUUCAACCAACUUCAGCAUUUCUUCCCCAAUACCUGACAAGUGUUUGGAUAAUUCAGGUUAUGUUUGUGGCUUGAUAUCUGUAUGCAGUGAACUUUUACAUUUUCAACAUCUCCUCUGAAACUCAAAGGCCUAAGAAGAUCAAACUUGGCAAGAAUGUAAACAUUGCCUACACAGUAGCUUUUAUUAAAAACUCAUUAACAGCAAUUACCCAUCAUUUUUCAAACUAUAUAGAAAUUUGGCAUAUAUGUUGUUGGAAAUGGGGCCUAACAUGUCAUUUCAACUUUCCACAUUUACAAUGUUAUAGUCUGUGUCACGAUAGUGAAAUCAUGCAUAUCAUUUCAUGAAUUGAAGUAGGUGCAAACUUGGAAAAGCACAUCUUAGAUCCAUACACACGCUAGCCUGCCUCCAAAUUUCAUCUUAUUAUUUGUAUAUGGUGGAGAGCAAUUGCAAAAACUAGGUUUCACAUAUGGUUUUCAUGGAAACAGAAGAUGACUUGAAACAGAAUUGGUUUAUGCAACAUUAUUAGUAAAGGUUCUCGGUCAGACACUCCAGCAAGUUCAACAACCGUCACUUUGUGGUAAAGGAGAAAAUAGUGAAACAAGUUGAGGUAGGUGAAAGCUGUGCACAUACCACAGAAUGAUAAGUGAAUGAUAAGUGCUAUCAGAAGAAUAAGGUUGUUCAAGGAAUCAUGAUUGUCCUUAUCAUCGGUACUGAAUACAAUGUUGCAAAAAUAUGUUGUUUUCACCUAAUAUAUUGCAUCAUCUAUGUUCAGUUCCUAUUGAUCUUUGUCACAUAAAAAUAUUGAAGCAUCAUGCAAUUAUUUCUUCGUGAAUCAGGUGAGCUACAGAGCCUAGUUGAUUUAUAGUUUUUCAAGUGCCAUUUGAUAUGACCUGUAGGAGCAAGCAAAUCAAAAUUGAAUUUAAUUACUAGUAUCUUGGAAGACAUGUACAAUAAAAGUGCAUGUGUGUUCUCAGUACAUGUUUCCCAGUGUGAAAUAGUGAGAGGUGUGCAGCAGUCACAGUCAGUCCGCAGCACUGUGUGUUGUCUCCUCUUACGCUUUCGAGAUGAGGCUUGGCAAGUGAUGUAACGAAGGGUAUAAUGCAAGUUUGGCAAGUGGGAAAUAUGUUUCAUGUGAUAUUUUAAGAAUUUUGUUAGUCAAGUGUAUUAAUAUGUAUAGGUCCCUCAGAAUAACAUUGAUCAUUUAAUUGUGAAACUUAAGCAGUGAGAAAUGGGACACAUUGUCGUGACAUGAGGAUAGAUUAUUGGCAGUAGAAAAGGAAAUGGUACAUUCAAUAAAUCUUUAUCAGCAACUCUUAAAAUAUUAUGUACGGCAAAAUGUAGAGAGAAUAGAUGACUUAAUCAUUCAUCAUGUUCAUGGCAAGAAUAAUGCUGAUAGCUAACGACCAGUCCAAAUGUGAACAAAAACUCUCCACCGCUAUAUUUUAUUGUUUGAUGGGCAUUUCUUGGAAGUUGACAGAUGAUGAAGUAGACACAAUUCAUGGACAAUUUUUAAUAUAUAUUAAGGCAGUUGAUAUCCAUAACUUGUGUCCACUUUAGCAAUAUUUUAGCUUUGAUGUUGCUGAAACUGACAGAAAAGGCUAUAUGAUGUUGCAGUGAACUGCAAAAAGUCUUUUUAAAUGAUUUAGGGUAUAAUUCUUGUAACUAAUUGCAAAUAUGUCACUGACAUGAGUGAAAUGUAUGGUUGCAUGUGUUAGCAUAUUUGUGCCUGAUCAGCCCUGGACUGUACUUUGUUCAAGAGUCUACUAUUUGAUGAUGGGGUUUUGUAAUGUCAAAUAUUGAUGUUCAAAACAAUACAGUGAAUCAAGACAUCUUUUAAUAAGGAGUAUACGUAUCAUGUCAAAUAUCUCAACACAUGCUGUUGGCAAUUUAUCAUCUAAAUUCCUGCAGUCUGCAUAGGAUAACUCUAACAUGAUAUGAGACUUAGGGGAUUAUUCGGCCAUCCUUUUGUAUUGUGGGUAGUUCUAGGUGUAUACUGUAUGCAUUGGAAAAACAGGAAUGGGAUGGAUGUAAUGUUAAGUUGUACAACAGAACAAAUAUGAAAAUUGUCAGUUCUGUUUUAGGAUGGCAUUAGAUUUUAGAUUUUAGCAAUGGCUGUUUUAUUGUGUUCUGAAUGGAAUUCACACAGCUGUGGGUGGAAAGGAAUUAAAAAGUAUGUAUUUCAUGGCAGGAUGUGUUUCCAUAUUGUCCAUACUGUGUAUAUUUGCUUGACCUCGUUGACCAUUAUGGUGCAUGUGUUUCUCAAACUCCACAUUGUUGAUUCCAUCUUUUUCUAUGUAGACUGUUGUAUGAAUUUAUUACAUCUUCAUAAUAAUUGUGACACAGUAGCAAAUAAGGGUUAUAUGACAAUACAUAAUAUUAUACAGUGACCUUAAACCCAUCGGCCCACGCUUGUAGAAGGUUAUGUAUGCAACUGCCUGACCGCCUGACUGCCUGACUGCCUGACUGCCUGUCUGUCUGCCCGCCUGCCUGCCUGCCUGCCACCCAUCAUGAAUGAUAUAUAUGUAGUGUUUGCACACUCCACAGUUUACACCAGCCUCACAUUUAUCACAAUAGAUAUACUGAAUCAUUUUCCAGACAUCAGUAAAGUUUACUUCUUUUAGGGAGUAAGGGGGAAAUUGUCUGAAAAUUCUGUAUUAAAUUUAAACAUGUAAUGUUACAUGUCACAUGUAUUUCUUCCAUUGAUGGGGCUGAGAUACUUCACUUGACAGCUAUGCAAUGAUAAUGUAGCAAUUUUCCAGAUGUCUUUAAGGGGUAGAGGUUGAAAGUGAUAAUGCAAAAAGGAUAAUUUCCAGAAUUAUCUGGAAUAGUAGAAUAGUUUUUUGCAUGAUUUCAGUAGAAUAUUUCAAAUUUUGGAUCAUCCUGAGGUUUGACUUUUAUUAUUGAUAUGAUGAACACAAUGAUAUUAAAGUUUUGACCUUGUACCAACCCAUCCUCUCUCUCACCAUUGCAGUAUUGAUUAAGCCUACAGCCGUUUCUUGUUAGCUCACACAAUUAAACAUGAGGUGUGUAUAUAUAUAUAUAUAUUUUUGUAUAUGUUUGUUAUGCUGGCCAUCAGAGAUCUAUACUGGUGAACAGAAUACCUGUACAAAGACAGCACUGUUCAGUGUCAGGUGUUGCUGCAGUCAGUGUUGAAUGAAUAAACAGGAAAAGUACAUCUCCCA